CUGAGAAUUUCAAUGUGAAGGUGACAAAAGGUACAAAAGCAGAAACUCUUCUGACAUUGCUGCAUUAGUCAGAUAAUGGAGCACUUGUACCUUCGGGUUUUUCUAUUUGUAUUUUUUUUUAAACAUGAAUCUAAAUGCAGUGUGACUAAGGAUGUGUCAGGUUUUAAAGAUGAAGAGGUGGCCCUGAUGUGCCCAGACUUUCAAAUUAAGGAUCCACCUGACUGCCACAGAGCUAGACUGGUGAAUUCGGAAACUACGACUAUAUUCGAGCAUCCAAAGGAAAUCCAUAAAUCCAAUCGCGUGACUUUGAAAGAAAACAGAGAGGGAAAGACAUGCAUAUUUUUGGAAAACCUGCAAAAAUCAGAUGAAGGGGUGUACGACUUUGAAGUUUGGAAAGGGUGGGAUAUGAUUAAUGCCACAAAGAUAUCCCUGAAAGUGAAAGACUGCAAAAGCCUUAAACCAGAGUUUGCAACCCCUGGUGCGACUGUAAGCCUGAACUGCUCAAUGGAUGGAGAAACAGCCCCUUCAAACAUCACAUGGGGAAAGCUGAAAGGGAAGACUUCUGUACCCGUUGAUUUGGAAAGGGUUACAAUAAACGGAGUGCACCUCACAAUCAAAUCUGUGACUGAAAAGGACAAAGGAUGGUACAAAUGUGAUUACAUGCUGAGUCAGAGUCCGCGCUGCUUAUCCAUCAACCUCCUUUUCAAAGAAGAUGUGUCUGUGACCACAAUGUUUCCAAGUUCUGCAUUUUCAGAAACUCAGGAAGCCUUUUCUCAGGUUUUUGAGACUGCUACAAAAGGAGAAGAUGAAACCUCAAGUUGGGUUAUAACCUUGGUCAUUAUCUUGAUUCUCACACUUGCAGUCUUGACAGGACUGUUUAUUUACAAGAGACGAAAAACUCCGACAAACUCUGCAGGUUGCUUUAGAGAGUCUGGGGAUGUGUAUGAGAAUGUGAAUCUUCCAUGUUCACCAGGUGCUACAAACCGAAUCAACAGCUUGUAUGCAUUCCCGGAGGAGAGUAUUGAAGUGAGUACUUUUCAAAUCUAAGAAUUCUCCGGGUGCAUGUGGCAAAACAUGAAGAUUUUACUCCAUCCUUACUCAACCAGUUUAAUCAAUGCAUUUACGAUGUUGUUUAAUCAAAAACUGAUCACUCAUACUGUACAUUUUUAAAUACACCAUGUUAGUGCUAGGUUUGACUUCCUUUUUCCUCCAGAACUGCCAUCUUUGUGCCAUAGAUUCAACCUUUGGCAGAUGUACACCCAAAUGUGAGUUUUCCACAGCUUCCCAAACGGCUUUACUUGGUGACAGGGAAGGCUGAUGGAAUAGGGGAACUUAGUGAAAUGUUACAGAAAGUUUGUGAUGGUUUGAGCUGUGAAAAGCAGCCGUCAGAAGAGAGGUAGACUAUAGUCCUAAAAAGAUAAAAAUAAAUAGCAGCACUCUACAGAACUCUGGCUUUUGAAAAUGUAAAGUUGGCACAAAGAGUGCCACAGAAAAAAUGUUACAACAUGAAGUGUGAUAACACAGUUACAGUAAGGGAGAACUUUUAUUUUGUAUCUUACGCCACUACCUGAACAUUGCAGCUAUAAUCCUGAUCAAUUGGUUAAGUUUAUAUAUAUUUCAAAUGUUGUCUGCGUUUGUUGAGCAUAGAUUUGAUUCUUUCCCUUAGCUGACAGGAGAGAUGACUACUGUGGUGUUUUGCUUUGGUUUUCCUUGUAUUGUGCAUCCAGAUUCCCCAGCCUUUGGUUGCAACUAGUAGCUUGAGAUACUGUCACCUUUCUGUUGCUUCAAACCAGCCUGCCUGUUCUCAUUUGACCUUUUAGUUGCCGCCUACUGGAAACAUUUUAGUUUUUUUCCUUUUAAUCUCCAGAGAUUGUUAUGAGUGAAUAUCUAAGUAGAUAAGCAGUUAGACCGCUACACCUUGCAUUAACAAUCUUGCAGCUUCUGUGAGCUGUCUGCACUACCGCUUGAUGUCUGAGUGCAUAGGUACAAUGUGAUUGGCUGAUUUGUUAUUGGUGUUAACAAGCAAUCAGAAAGGUGUAGCCAAUAAAGUGACCGGUGACUAUAUUUUAAAUUAACUGCAUCCUUUAAGUGAAAUCAAUCUUACAUUGUUGUCUUGCAAAAGGUUUUAUUUCUUUCAAAAUGUGAAAAUACAAGUCAUUUUGUAAAUCAUGGUCAUUGUGUUGGACAAGAAAAACAAUUCAGAAUUUAAAUAAAGACAAAGAUCAAUGUUCAUUUCCUUCCUCUAGUUUACAGCUUGUAAUAAACUGUAGAAACCAUCA